GAGCAAACUUAACCAAGUAAUUUAUGUUAUGAGACUUAUGAGUUCGAGUUUUUGUUUACAUACAAUUACAAUUGAGAUAUAUUUGAGCGAGUAUUUGCAAUGGGUCGUCCGAAGAACGUGCCAAAGAAAAGAAAAAAUGAAACACUCGAGGCGCCCAACUUUUACUUGGAUUACACGCCGGCUUUCAAAAAAAGGCGAAAAUCUCAGGGGGCUUUCAGCAAAUCCUCCACCAUUUUCUACGUAAACGACAUUUCCGAACAGUAUUUUAUAGGAAAAUUAUUGCUAGGAAGUACGAAUAACAUUUUACCUAAAGACUCGAAGCAAGCGAAAGUUUCAUUUAAGCCUGCUGAUGAUUCCGAACAUUCCGAUAAUGAAUUUAUGAUUGUAACUGAUGAUGCGGUUACAGCAGUAAUUAAAUGUGAUAUAGAUAUAAGUUUAAUCAAAGAAAUUAUUAAUUGUAAGAUGUUUGUUUUCAAUUUCACUUCGCACGAAGAAAAUAUAUACUUACAUAUUUAUUUCAAAACAUUACCACUGCCAAAAUUCUACCCGAAGCUCGGCAAUACCAUCAAAACGCUAUUCGGAUUGUUUCACAAUAUCGUUCUAAAAGAAGAUAAAUCAGAUAAAAGGAAAUCUCAUCAUGUUUCCGAAAUAACAGCUUUGUACGAUAACCUCGUAAAAUUAAGAAAAAACAAUCUGGCAACCCCGGAAAAUCUCCAGCACGAAGAUUUGGUACCCACUUUAAGACCCUAUCAAGAAGAUUCCAUUAAAUGGAUGCUACAACGCGAGAAAAACAACAACAAUCACAACAUAGAUAAAAUCCAUCCCCUGUACAUCGAAUUGAAACUGAGCUCCGGAUUACCCGUGUACUUUGAUAAAUACUCUGGGUACAUUACAAAUGAAAGACCCCUCGUAUCUCCAACUAGCAAAGGUGGGAUUCUAGCAGAUGAAAUGGGAUUGGGUAAAACAGUGGAGGUACUAGCUUGUAUUUUACUCAAUCAAAAAUCAGUCGAAUUAGAAGAACCGUCAGCUCCCGAAGAAGAAGGAGAAGAAGCUUCAAGUGAAAACGAGUUAGACAAUGUACCGUUAAUCGAAAGAAUAUCAGCUUCAAAUGGUGAAUCGAGUAGUAGAACGAAACAGAACACAAGAAGACCUGCAGACACCGAUAAGACUCCUCAAGGAAAAAGCUCUAAUAGAGUAGCCCUGGAAAAAUGGUACAACUCGAUUCUAUCCAGCAUGAGCCCGGUCAAACGAACAGUAAAAGGCCCAAACGAAAUAGUAGUUCAGUGCAUUUGCGGUAACACCGACAAAGACGGCAUAAUAAAAUGCAAAACGUGCCCCAAAUAUCAACAUAAAAAAUGUUUCGCUUACGAAAAAUCAUUAGGUGUAUAUUUGUGCCCUCAAUGUUGGAUGGAAAAGCCACUAUUGCAAUCCAAAGCUACCUUAAUAGUAACACCGGCUUCCUUAAAAACGCAAUGGUACAAAGAAAUCGCCAAACACGUAAAAGGCCACUUCAAGGUUCUGCAAUACGAAGGGGCCACCUCCACUCCCGUUUAUCCCACGCAACUGCGAACCUACGACGUGGUCCUAACCACCUACAACGUAUUACAAAACGAGCUUCGACUCACCGAAACAACCAAAGUGUUCAAUUUGAGGCACGAAAGGACCUAUUCGCCCCCAUCGAGCGUCCUGACCAGGCUGAACUGGUGGAGAUUGUGCCUGGACGAGGCGCAAGCGGUCGACGCGCCGGGACGCAUGGUCUCCGAAAUGGCGAGGAAAAUCGACGCCGACCACCGAUGGGCCGUCACCGGUACGCCCAUAUCCAAAACCGUAUCCGAUUUGCAGGGAUUGAUCGAUUAUCUGCAGAUAACCCCGUACAACGAUGUGAUUACUUGGGAUAAGGUACUCUACGAGCCCUAUUUGAACGGGAAUCAAGAGCCUAUGUUGGGAUUUUUGAGCGAAAUCCUUUGGAGGACCGCUAAGAAGGAUGUGUUAGAUCAAAUAAACAUACCGAAGUUAACCUACCUGGAGCACAGUUUGGAAUUCUCGGCGGUGGAAAAGUUCUUCUACAAGCGCGAGCACCAGUUGAUAUCGGCGGAUUUCCUGCGGAAGGUCGGAGCGUACGAGCGAAAUUCGGGCCGUUCGAUCUACGAUUUGAGCCUGGAGAGUUUGGAUAAGAGUUUUUUGAAGAAACUGUUGGAUCCUCUGUUGAAUUUGAGGCGCAACUGCAGCUACCCGCACACGUCGAGAGGCCGGUACUUGCUCACGAAGAAGCAGGUGACGUCUUUGAAGGAGCUAUUGGACGCUCUCAUCGCGAAGAACAUAAGCGAUAGCGAGGAUUGCCUGAGAUUGAUCGUGUCGUCUUUAAACGGCGUCUCGGGGAUACAUUUGUUGUUGCAAAACCACCAGGAAGCGGUGGAUAAAUACAGGGAAGUGUUGCAAUUGGCCGCGAGAUUCAGCGAUAGAAACAACGAGGCUAAAUUGAACGUCGACAAGCCGCAAGUCAUACACGCCAUGCACAAUUUAGCGGAAAUUUUGGACGGUUUCGUCCCCGCACAGCCCACUUUGAGGGACGCGGAGCUGCGAAGGGAUUGCGCUGUGUUAGAAAAGACCUACAUGGAGAAGUUUAUCGGCGAGUGUACCAACGCUUAUACUUCUUUCAAUGCUUUGAUGGAGAAUAUCGAGAAGAUGCAAGACGAUUUCGCGCUGAACGAAGGCCAAUGGUAUUCGGACGGGUUGAAUUGGAUAGUAGCCAAUGAUUAUUUUCACGAAUUGACGAGUAAAAUCGAGACAGUUUGCGCGAAUUCGUCUGUAGAUAACACAAUGAGGAACUCCAACGAGCGUACGAUAUUAAAGCUCAUCUACAAUUGGGACGAUAAUCUGUCGAAAUAUCGAAUCAAGCUGUUCGAAGCCGUGCGAAAUUUGUACGAUUUGAAACGCGAAAGCGAAGAGGAGCCGAAGAAGAUCGUCGUGCGAGAGGGAACGGUCGCGAAGGCGAUGAAUUGUCAUUUGAGGCCGCAAAAGAAAGCCGAUAAAGGCGAAAGUCGAUCGAAAUGCGACGUUUGCGCGGCUAACGAACGCCUCAAGAAGUACGAGGCCACUUUGUUCAACGUGCUGAAGAGGAAGUAUACCUUCGAGGAGGACAUGUCGCUGACGGGUAACUGGAAACCCACCUACCAGGAGUUGGUUUUGAAAUCUAUAUUGUCGGUGUUGCGAAGCAAAAACGCACAGCAGGAGUUUGUUAAAGACGGCGAGCUUCAAUUGAAUCUAAUCGAUAAUCUAAAGAAGGAGUUUAAAGAAUUGAGACGUCUGUGGACGCUCUUAGACCAGCAAGUUUGCGCCAAAGACGAAUUGGACAUCUGCAAGAUUCGCUUCCAGUUGAAAACCGAAGAAGAGAAGAAGAAAGUCAACAGUGCUUUAAAGCAGUUAAUGGACGUUGAAUCGUCACAGCCUACGCUAAAUUUGUUGAGCGUACACGAGCUCGAUUAUCACCUGUCUUUGCUGGAAAACGAGGCCAAAUUGAAUUCCGAUAAACUAGAGAAGCUUUUGGGCACCCUAAAUUAUCUCGAAACGCUGAGGAAACAACAAUACGAAGGACAACAGCCCGAUCCUUGUCCCAUAUGUAAAAACGAUUUGAAAUGCCACUGGAGCAUAUUGUUGUGCGGCCACAGCUACUGCUUGGAAUGCAUCGAAAUUCUUCUAGAUCAGUCGGCUAAAUGCACUAUACAAUGCUCCAUAUGCAGAAACAGGCAAAAAGUGGCGGAAAUAUCCUACAUAAAAACCGGUGUUACAUCGAAAGAAGCCGAUUCUACGGCAAUAGAAGGCAAUUAUUCGACGAAAAUCGAAGCGGUGGUGAGAUUGCUGGUCGAUUUGAAGAAAGAGGACAAAAACGCGAAAGUUCUGGUCUUCUCUUGUUGGCUCACCAUUCUAAAAUGUUUGAAGGAAGCUCUAUUGAAGAAUUCCGUAUCGUGCGAAUUGCCUGUGGGAGGUCAAUUGGACGAGAAAAUAAACAAUUUCAAAGAUCCAAAGAAAAACAUUACAGUUUUACUAUUACCUAUCAAUUUAGGUUCGAAAGGCCUGAAUUUGAUCGAAGCCAAUAGAAUCAUAUUGAUCGAACCCGUUUUGAAUCCGGCCGAUGAAUUGCAAGCCAUCGGUAGAAUUAACCGUAUCGGACAAACGAGGCAAACCUAUGUGCACAAAUUCGUCAUUAAAAAUACGAUAGAAGAAAACAUCCAUCUCGCGACCACUUCUAACGCCGACAAUUGGGAUAAAAGUCGAGUAACCGUGAGGAAUUUGGUGGAUUUAUUCAACACCACAGAGGAAUUAGAUGCUGUUGUUAUCGCGCAGAAUCCAUCUCAAUUGGAUACCGAACGAGAAGAAGAAGAAGAAGAAGAAGAAGAAGAAGAAGAACAAGAACAAGAACAAGAAGAAGAAACUGAAUAAAAUUCAGCAGUCUUCCUCGACUUAACAACUGGAGUCAUGUUCUGAUGUUACUAAAUACUCUAAAGUUUCGAUGUAUAUUUCAUAUAGAAUCGAAAAUAAUUCGUACCGAAUUCAUAUUUUGUAAAUGCUGAAAUAAAAGUAGAUAUUUUAUAAAGUGAA